AUGUUUGGGCUGGCCCUUGCGCAUGUUGCAUUGAGUUUGAAGCUUACGCUCAUUGGAUUCGUUGCGAAUGGAGACAGCAUGUUUGAUGUUUUCUGGACGUUGGAACUCUUCGACUUCGGAUCCCCCCUGUGGUUUGCUCGGUUAGGCAUCUAUGUCACGCAAACGCUAAUUGGGGACGCUUUCAUGAUAUACAGAGUGUUUCUCGUAUGGAAUCGCCAUUGGAAAGUGAUUGUUCUUCCUGCGGUAUUGUGUCUUGUUCACGGUGUGUGUGGUUAUGUCACACUGGCGGGCUUGCUUCAAUCCGAAUUCGUGUACACACCGAACGGCAACCUUACCGCCAACGUAUUCACCUUACUGGCGUUUUUCUCUCUCUCGUUCACCUCCAAUGUGCUUUGCUCCGUUCUCAUCAUUUGGCGCGUAUUCCGCAGCGCGGACCAGUAUACGCCGCCGUCAACAAGACUGAAGCUUUUUGGGAUGGUAGUCGAGGCUAUCGUGCAGUCUGCUGCCAUCUACUCUAUGGCGUCUCUCUCGCUAAUCAUCACAAAUGUCGAGAGCAUUGACAUUGGCUUUGAGGCGUGCGUCAGUAUCUUCCCACCGCUUAUCGGCCUCGUAUUCUCAUUCAUAGUCCUACGAAUGGCCAGGAGCUCUGCAGAAGACGUAGCCAGGCUCCCUUCGCGCACAUGGAGCAGCAGGGCAGACAAGUGCCGCGACGUAAUUCCUCCGACCCAUCCUAUGAACAUCCAGCUACCCAAACCUCCCAUCCCCCCUGCCGCAUUUUACCCUUCAACGCUCGAUUUCCCCGAAGACGAGCAGGCGACGGCUAGUAGCAACACGAGCACGAAUGGGGCCGAACCGGGAGAGCUAUUUCCGCGGAACAUGUCUUCGCACGCAGAGGAUCGCGAUCUAGAAGGCCCGCCGGGAGAGGUCGACAUCGCUGUGCUGGACAUACGCGCGUCGAAGGCGUCGUGGAACGUAUGA